AGUGUGGUAUACACGGUAAGCCUUUGACCCGCGCAAAUUGUACGCAUGAUCAGUAGCCUUGUCAACAAGAAUAGCUUCAAAAUGGCCGACGCCGGACCCGUUGACUGCGAGUGGAAACAGCGGCCGAAAUCCCAUUUUAAAACGAAAAUCCCCCAUAUUGAAGUUGUAGCAGAUGCUUUAUUUUCAAGAAACGUCGUGAAAGAACGUCUAGGUUCAAAUCAAGCUAUGCAAAAAAACACAAAAAAGAGUGCUUCAGCUAGUCGACAUCUUCCAAGCCCACCUGUAGCCUCAAAGAGGUCUUCUGAACAGACUAGGAAUGUCUGCCAAACUGAAUCAAGAGAUCAACAACAGGCUCUUGCUGUUUCAUCUUCCACAACCAUGAGACCAGGAUCUACCCUCUCCAUCUAUUCACCUCUACCUGGCAUUGGACAGUCAGGACAUGAAACAGAAAUAACAGCAGGUAUUCUGGACUUGGGAUUAAAUGAAAGAGAUUUUGCAAGAAAUAGUCCAUUUUCAGAUUCAGGAGUAACACAUCCUACUAGAUCUCCUGAAAGUGACAGACAUACAUGUACUUCUGGUGAGGCAGUGUUGCCUGAUGCACAAAUGAAGCGUUCAUUAUCGCAGUCCUCUGGAAUGGCUAACACAAACAAGAUAUCACGAAGAGAGAUGAGAAGCCAACAAUUUGCUAGAAGAAGACAAUCACAAAAAUCACUGGCUCAUGAACCUUGUGAAGGAGAAGACAGAUGCUUAAUUGCUGUUAAAUUACCAGAGGGGGAAAGAUUACAGAGGUACUUUCGUCCAAGUGAUUCUAUCGCUGAUAUUGUCUCAUAUGCUGAGCAUACAACAAGGCGUGUUUUUUCUGACUGUAACGUCUUCACAAGUGAUGUCCCCAAAAGAAUGGUCAGCAAUUUAUCUUCAACAAUAAGUAAAGUUGGUUUGGGACACAGGACGUUGCUAUACCUGGAAGAAAAAGAUGAGUGAAAAAUACAGCCAGCUUAUUUCUCUAUUUUUCAUGCUAAAAAUAAUAUGACUGACCACCUAAAAGUUUUAUAAUGCCUUGGAAAUGCUCGCUUUUAAUGGCCAUAAGUUUCACAAUUACAAAAUGCAUUGCGUUUGGUGUUGUGGUACCUAAUUAGAAGCAUUUUAAGUCCCUCUACUGUACAGCUAUGAAGACAGAAACAUAAAAAAAAUUUAUCCUAAAAGGUAUGUGCUUUUGUUUGGAGUCCUUGAUCAGUUCCUUAAACAUUUCAUCAUUUCCAGAUUUACUGUAAAAUGAAAGUUGAGGUUUCUCCAGUGAAAUUCCAUGUCAGACUUCUUGGUAUUCAGUAACGUUUCCUUUUAAUUCAUUGAGAAUAUAUGCACAUUGUCACAAAAGUGUAACUCCUUUAUUAUCAGUACCCCUUCCAGUUUCGAAAUCCUGCAUAUAACUAGGGUGACAAAAGAACUUUUAUGACUUGACACGAAUUAAAUUAAAGUCAGUGCAUCAUCACUGGACAAAAGUCACCAAAACAAAAAUGGUGCUUUCUUCAUUCAAUUGAAAUUAAUUUGAUGAAUUUGCUUGCUUUGCUAUUUCCUGUGCCUUUCUCAGUUUAAAUUCUUCUCUUGCCAAAUAAAAUCUCGGAGAAGUGCAGAGGAUGUGGACUUUAAGUUUUCACGAUUAAAAUGAAACCAAAUUGUGUUGGAAAAUAAAU